AUGGGUGACUCGGGUUCAGGUGUGCAUCUGUCCAGCACACCGCUACCAAGGGAUCUUCCCUCGUCUCCUGCAGACCCCGAGGAGAUCUCGGUGCUUGUGACGGGCUUCGGUCCAUUCAAGUCGAAUCUAGUUAAUGCGUCGCAUUUGAUUGCGACGUCCCUUCCUUCAUCAUUACCUUUAGCCAAAGCUGCACCCGACGGCUUUCCUGCAGCUCGCCGAAUCGCAAUCCAUGUUCACCCCGCUCCAAUCCCUGUCGCAUACUCCGCAGUUCGAACGGCAAUACCAACUGUAAUGGAAGACUAUGUCAAAAGACACGGCCGGAAUCCCGAUAUCAUAAUCCAUAUGGGAAUCGCGGCAACAAGGAAUUACUACUCGAUAGAGUCGAGGGCGCAUCGCGACGCAUACAACAUGCCCGAUAACCUCGGACGGGCAGGAUACCAGGACGGUGAGAAGCCAUGGAGGGAACGGAACCUCCCUCCCGUCCUGAAAGCAGAGCGCAGUGAUCCUACGACUGAGCCGGUGGUGAAAUUAGAUCUCACGUCCUCGCGGACAAAUCUAAACCCUCACCCGCCAGACAAUGAAUUCUUGAAAACAUGGCAGACGCUUGCGCCGGCAAGCGCAGACAUUCGGAUAUCAGAGGAUGCUGGUCGGUAUCUCUGUGAAUUUAUAUUUUACACGAGCUUGUCACUGGCCCUCCAAGAGGGCCGAGACAGGAACGUUGCCUUCUUCCAUGUUCCAUCAUCGUGCCGUGAUGAGGAUAUUGAAACCGGAAGAGAGGUUGCAAUUGCACUCAUCAAGGCCCUUGUUGAUAGCUGGAUCGACGAGAAGGUAUAG